AUGUUUAACGGUCUUAUCCACUAUCUCCUCUUGACUUUUCUCUUCGCGUUCGUGGGAGCGGACAGAAUAGACGAUACCUCCGACUCAAUUACUUAUUCGAACUCGCCCUCAUGGAGAACGUGUAAUGCCGGACAACCUGGAGUUGUUGUCGAAUGGCCCGGAAAUAAUGAAGGGGCUUCGGAUGGGUCCUGGCACGAAUCGCUCUCCUACGGAUCAUGGUUCCAAACAACGUUUACGGGUACUAGUGUUAGCAUUGUCGGCAUUGUGCGCAAAAAAGGCGGCAAUACUCGUCUCAGCGUAUCCAUAGACGGUGGGACACCCGUCUUCGCGGAUUUCGACGUCUCGGAUCAGAUCAACCAGGUCCAAACGGCAGAGGACCUACAAUACGGCUACACAAUUUUCUCCCAAUCAGGGCUGAGUCCCACCCAGCAUACCAUCCGGGCGACUGUCUUGUAUCAGGCGGCCAUCUUUGCACUGGACUAUAUCGAGUUCACACCAGCGCAGGCCUCAUCUUCUAGUGGUAGUAGCCCAUCGACGCCAGCAAGCUCGUCAAAUUCGGGCUCGAGUGUCUCGACAAGUGGAACGAGCGGGUCUACUUCUGGGAGCGUAUCUACAACGAGGUCCAUUAUCACAACUACGGUCUCUGGCUCAUUGAUCACGCUGGAGCCUACAAUCUCCGCGGGGGUUGAUGGGGCGUCAGACGGCCCAACAAUCUUGCCUUCGGACUCGAGGAUUGCUUACUCUUCCGGAGACAUUUGGACAACGAACACAACCUGCGAUAUGCCUAGCAAGUCGUCGUCCGCCCAAGGAGCCUCGUUUACAUUCUCCUUUAUUGGCACGGAUAUAUGGGUGUACACUUCAGCUAAUGCUCGUGGAGGCAAAUACUCCGUGUCGAUUGAUGGGAAUGACAGAGGGGAGUACGAUACAUAUCUCGCGUCCUCGUCAACAAGUUGUAAAGUCGAGACUUCCUUCAAAGUGUCUGGACUAGGUCCUUCAAAUCAUACCCUCGUCGUUACGAAUAGGGGUCAAACAUCCGGUGGACAGGGCACACUCGAUUUCCUCGGCCUGCGGUUGGCCUCGUCUGCUAAUGUAGGAGGCCAAUCUACAAGUAAACCAAAUACACCGAGUAUUGUAGGCGGCGUAAUCGGUGGAAUCGCAGCACUCAUCUUGGUUGGCUUCGCUAUAUUUUUCUGUCUCCGCAGACAACGCAGUCGGGAACGAGAACAAGAACAUCAGGAUCAACAAGAACAUCAAGUUGCAGAAAUACCGAGUUUUCCUUCAGCCAGCCACGAAAAGCGGUGGCUUGCAAUGGGGAUGAGCAGCCAACAUCUCCUCUCUGCCGAGGGAAGCGGUGCGGGAAAUACAUCGUCUGAAGUCUCAUCUUCGUCACAUCGCUCGCCUUUUGUCAUUCCGACCCCGCAAUCCAUCACCAGCUCAGGCUUGAGCCGCGAGCAGUCCUUCACGACCCCACAGUCAUCCGAGACGGCUGUGCAACCCGGUGUGGGAGCAGGACAGGCGCUCCAUUCGCCUCCACCGUCGUUUAGAACACGACCACUUACACCACCGCCUGCGCAGUUUCGACCAGUGCUCGGGGGGACAGAAGAGGAAGGAUGGGCAGCGGACAACUUUUAUGCAUCGUCUCUUCCGCCACAAAAUGUGGACGUACAAACUUCGACACUUCCUCCGUAUGCCGAAGAUGUGCUCUCCAGACCCGACGCGAGGAAUCUUUCGGAGAAUGAUGUCGACGCGAUUGCGAGACGCUUGGCAGAGGUGAUGAGAGCUCAAAGGGAGGCACGGGGUGGUCCCGGUCUUUUGCGAGAGGGUAUGAUUCCUCCACGGGAGCUUAUCGACGAGUUGGUCGAGCAGCAUCUUGAAGCGCGAGAACACGGGCAAUGA